CGCUGGUCUUGACGCGAUCGCAGCCACAAACCGGCACGCCGCCGAAUUUUUGACUCACCCACCCGUACAUAAUUUUCUUGACACCCGCACCCACGACCUUACGACAUGAACCGCCAUGUGCCGCCCCGUCUCCAACGGCAACAUGUCCACUGCCCUAUCACUGCGCUAGCAUUCUUCAGGCCGCCGGCCGCCGCCGGCAGCGGACCGCUUUACGUCCUCUCGGGCGAGGACACCUGCCUAAAAGUCUACGAUGCUGAGACCCGGCUGCUGCGCGCCACGGUUCGCGUCUUCGCCGCGCAGCCCAUCCAGGGCAUCUCAGCCCCCAGCGCCACUGGGGAGGAGGAGGAGUCGGCCUCGUCGGACAGUGUGCUCAUCUGGGGUGGCCCGCUCGUGACGGUCCUGCCGGCGUCGGUGCUCGCCGGCCUUCUCCGCGACGGGGAGGACGGGGAGGACGGGCCCGGCUGUACCGCAGAACACACCGUGCCCGAGAGGCUGGUGCUGCGCGCGCCGGACUGGAUCUACCACGGCGCCGUGUCAGCCCACCAGCCCGGCCUGGCAGCGGUCGUGACGGCUCACAACGAGGUCAUACCCUUACUGCGUGCCCGAGGGCCCGCCGGCGGCGGCUGGGGUUUCGGGCAGCUGAGGUCGCCCCCGUCCCGGCCGAUCCUGUACUCGGCGCAGAUCAGGUGGACCCUCGGCGGCGAGGUACUGGUCGCGGCGGGGACCGUGUUCGGGGAGAUCAUUGUGUGGAAGUGCCGCGUCGCCACCGCCGGCGGGGAUGACCAUGAUGACGAGGCGGCGGUCGAGGUCCUGCAAGUCUUCACCGGCCACGAGGGCUCCAUCUUCGGCGUUGACUUCUCCCCGGAGGUCGUGAUAGACCGCACGACCAAUGCACCGUCCAGGCUGCUGGUGAGCUGCAGCGACGACCGGACGGUACGCGUGUGGCAUGUUUCCGAGGCGGGUUCCGCCCGGAGGAAGAGCCUGGCCGAUCGCGUUUUCACCGAGGCGAGGGAGACGGGCUUCGGCGAGAACUUAUCUGCCACGGAGCUUGAGGCUAUGGCCAGUCACCCUUCUGCGAAACCGCUGGCGGUGGCCAUGGGACAUGUUUCGAGGAUAUGGAGCGUGCGAUUUUCUACGCAGAGCAUGAACUAUACUUCCUCAGGCGGGGCACUUAGGAGCUUGGCAUUGUAUUCCUUCGGCGAGGAUGGCACGGCGCAGAAGUGGAGGCUUCAGUUUGACGAGAAGAGCGGGAAUGGAUCGCCUGGUCCAGACGACACGGUUCUGGUGGCCGGUCUCACGCACAGGGCGACGUUCCACAACCACGAUGGGAAACACGUCUGGUCGAGCGCUCUGCAUUUCCCCGCGCCGUCGUCGGCAGAGAAAGAGCUCCUUGCUACUGGUGGCAGUGAUGGCAAUAUACAGCUUGUGGAGGAGAGCCUGACACGGCUCGAAGGGGACGCCGCCUCCGCUCUGCAAACUCAUGAAGCCUCGGCGCUCUCGAGCAAACCCCCAGCCGGCCAGACCAGCUCAAAUGCUCGUUAUCUGGCUGACAGUGGUCCCGUCGACAGCGAGCCACUGCACAUGUACGGACUCCCAUCGGCAACGUCUGUCGUUGCAACGACAGCAUCAGGACGCAUCUUGGCCGGAUCCCUGGGUACCGCUGGGGCGUCCUGGAAGGAAUGUGCAGUGCCUCAAUCAACAUGCGAUGAUCUAAGAAAUUACCAGACUGUCCGAAACGCAGGGCCGGAUACCACGCUCAUCGGGUCUCCCAGUGGACAAGUCUAUGUUUAUGUCAACGAUAAUAUUCGACCGGUUAUCAAACUGCACCGGAAGGUCGCCGAUAUGUUUGUUCUACCCCUGGAAGACUUCUGUAGGCUUGGGCUCUGCGAGGCAGUGUCCGGCCAAGUAGCGACCGCCGUGACGACCAUGGGGAGCUCAGAAGUUAGGCUCCUGUUGCUGGAUCCUGUGGCAGAGCAAGUUGUUGUGCAUGAAGUCUGCAUAGAACUGGAAAGAGGAUUCAUACCGACUGCAGCCGGGAUCUGCCAGGAUCUUAUAAUAUUUGGCUCUCGCAUUGGCUCACUCUCGCUGCACAGACUGGACCAAAGCAGGGGAGGCUUCCGAAGAGUAGCCCACGCCAGCCGCCCUGGCCAGAAAGAUUCGGUCUCCAGCAUCGUACCCUUACCUGCAAGGACCGGUCUACCCUGUCCCUACUUCCUGACGACUUCUCGAGACGGCCGCUACAGGAUUUACGAAACUACCAAGCAGGCUUGUGGGUCUGACGAUGCCGUCAGCCUCUCUCUCCGCCACGAAGCCGUCCCGCCGCUGGGGCCCAUCAUCGAAAGAGGCUUCUUCACCACCACGACCUCCGAUCCGGGCUCGAAGCCACAUCUCAUCCUCUGCGGCUUUCGCAGCAGGGAAUUUGUAGUGUGGGACGAGACGACGCAGCAGGAGCUCGCCAAUGUCGAGUGCGGCGGCGGCCACCGUGCCUUCACCUUCCACGUCGACCCGGCCUCGCCCGAGAGGGUCUCAUUCAUAUGGACCAGGGCGUCACGCACCUGUGUCUACAUGCAGGAUGGCGUUUCGAAGCGCUCGCUCAAGCCGGGCGGCCACGGGAGGGAGAUCAAGGCGGCGGGGGCGGCGGCAAAGGGAGGGCUCCUGGCGACGGGGGCGGAGGACACAAACAUCCGGAUAUGGCGGGUCGACAGCAGUAACCGAGCCAGCCGAGGGCCGAGCCCGGGGCUGAGCUGCCUGGCCGUCGUGGAGAGGCACACGAACGGCAUCCAGUGCCUGAGAUGGACGGGUGAGAACUACCUGGUCAGCAGCGGCGGGGGCGAGGAGAUGUUUAUCUGGAGGGUCGCACAGCUGGAGCACACGGCGUAUGAGGGCAUCACGGUGCUGUGCGAGGGGGUAUAUCCCGACAAGACGCGCGACGGGGACCUGCGCAUAAUGAGCUUUGACGUACAGACCGUGAGCGCGGUCGACGAUGGCGGGGACAAGGGCGGCGAGGUUCUUUGUCUGUCGCUGGUAUUGUCCAACUCGACGCUCAAGACGUACCGGUACUCCAAGGACGAGGGGUUUGCGCUUCUGGCCCAGGGCCGCUACACCGGCGCUUGCCUGAUGCAGAUCCGGCACCUCCAUGUCCAGCCGGAGUCUGGCGGGCCCUGGGGCCUGCACGUCCUGACGGCGUCCACAGAUGGGCAUCUCGCCGUCUGGAAGGCGACGAGCAUAGCGACGACGCCCGGACAGAUGCCAGCCGCCGAGUACGAGCUGCUCGAGACGCAGCGGCUACACCAGAGCGGCAUCAAAGGCAUCGACCUGAGAGCACUCAGCCACCCGGGGUCCUCCCGGGGGUCGUAUGCCGUGCUCACCGGCGGCGACGACAACGCCAUCGGAUACGCCCGCCUUGACUGGACGGCAGGCGCGGAGUUCAGGAUCACGUCCCGGUCGCUGGUGAGCGGGGCGCACGCUGCCGCCAUCACAGGCCUCUGCAUCACCAGGGUCGACUCGGGCGGGGGCGCGGCCGGCCCGUGUCGAGUUAUGCUGUGCACCGCCAGCAACGACCAGAGGGUCCGGGCCUGGGUGGCUGCGGUCGGGGCCGGGGGCGCCCUGGGGAAGGUGUCACUGGUGGGCGACCGGUACAGCGCCGUGGCCGACUGUGGGGACCUCGAGCAGGUGGGCGAGGGCAGGGUGGUCGCCGUCGGGGUUGGGAUGGAGCUUUGGGGUGUAUAGAUCAGUCUUGACUGCGCGUUCACCCUGUUGUUGGCUGGCAUGUUAUGGACCUUAGACAGCCCUUACUAGACCCCUUGCAUUUAUUUGCCCCUGUUCCUCCUGUAGAUACAUGUUGCUCAGCUUCACGAUAUCCGGGCUCGUGCACCAGGCCGAUGCAACCCAUGCCAUGGGGCCUGGCGCACAAGAGCAUGUGGCUCGAGAGCCAGAGUUUCCACAGCCCUGGGCCCCAAGCAGCUGCAAGUGCUGCGGUAUACUGUAUACAACUUUACCGUGGACUUGGCUGCAGGUGAGGCGAAAGCUACAAGUGUGUAUUACAGUCCGCACACGAGCGCACACGCUCAACCCGCAGACGGCCGGUUGAUCUGCACGGCCCAAGUACGGCCCCCGGCUGAUGGAGUUGGGGCAAGGAUGUCCCCGUGGCGGCGAGGUGAAUGACUCUCCGUGUGCUCCCAUGACAGAUCGAGGGCAAGAGGUUGUACUCCGUAGUCCGUUGGCACGUCGCCGGUUGAAACCGUCCGCCCGAGCUGCCAGCAGCGGGUGGCUUGCCUUGUACGGCUGGCUGGCGCUCUGUGGCUUGCCUCUCUGUCUGCGGGCAAGAUAAGAUGGACGGCAUUGAAUUUCAAUGCGGUGCUCCCCUCCCCCUCCCCCCUCAAGGCCUUGUUCAUGUGGCCAAGCCCAUAGGCCCGCUUGGCGCUGUUCCUGGCGACGAUGGCCUUCUAAUAAUAAGGCUGGGGGACGGAGCGGAGUUGGUGCCAAACGAGCAAGCCGGACGAUAUCCCCACAAAACGAUCAUUGGGGGCGCAUGUUGCAUUGCCAGACAGACCAUUGUUGGGUUGGUGGUGGCUCGUCCGCACCGGCGCAGGGAACGGACUGAAG